UUUACCUAGCAAUCAAAAUGGCGGUUAACGUUAUAGCUAUCGAUGAUAUAGCUAUCGAAGACGAGUACGAAAAUAGUGAUGAAUCCACUGAUCUAACUGAUGAAAAAGAAAUCAUAAGUUUUUAUUUUCAUCGGGGAUUUCAUUAUAAAGAAAUUCUAAACUUUCUCCAGAAAUUUCAUCACAAGGAGAUGAGCUUGAGUACGUUGAAACGUCGGAUUAAAGGGUACGGUCUUCAAAGGAAAAACUCUGAUUAUGACCUUGACAUUGUUCGGGAUACAAUAAGAUCUUUACUGGAUGGUCCUGGGUGUUGCAGGGGCUACCGCGCGAUGUGGCAUGCUCUACAAAUGAGGGGAAUAACAGUUCCAAGAGUUGUAGUAGCAGAAUUAUUACGAGAGCUAGAUCCCGAGGGGGUACAAGAGAGGUCGAGGCACAAAUUGAAAAGAAGGGUAUAUCGGAAUCCAGGCCCUAAUUUUUCAUGGCAUUGCGACGGAUACGACAAACUAAAACCAUACGGCUUCCCCAUCCAUGGGUGCAUAGAUGGGUGGAGCCGCAAAAUUCUCUGGUUAUAUGUGACACGGUCCAACAAUCAACCAAAUAACAUAGGAAUGUACUAUUUGGAGGCUGUGCAACAGUACAAUGGUUGCCCAGUUGAUUUCAUCACGGAUCUUGGUACAGAAAAUGGUCUUGCUGCUGCCAUCCAUACAUUUUUUAGAAAUGACCCAGACAGUCAUAGGUAUGUAUCUUCCCCUUGUAAUCAGAGGAUUGAAGGUUGGUGGUCAUUCCUUAGAAAAGACCAAACAUCAUGGUGGAUGAACUUUUUUAAAGAUCUUGUGGAAGAGGGGACACUAAACCUUACACUCACUCUCCAUACAGAAUGCCUCUGGUUUUGUUUUGCAUCAUUAUUGCAAGAGAAUUUAAAUGAAGUGAAGGAAAAUUGGAAUUCACAUUCAAUUAGAAAAUCAAGAUAUGACACUUUGCAAGGAAGGCCAGAUUCUUUAUUCUACCUCCCUGAGUUUCACAAUGGACUAUCUAAUUUGCAUCUGCCUGUUCCUGAAGAAGAAAUAAAUUAUGGGAGAGAGCAUAUAAUCAGUGACUAUUCUGGGCAAAAUGACUACCAAAGAUAUUUUACUUAUAUCAUGGACAGUUGCUCAUUGGAAAAGCCUUCUCACUGGAGAGAUGCGCUGGAGCUGUUCCAUGUACUCAUCAACUGUGCAAAUAAUGGCGACCUUGAAGUUGAAACAAGCUCAACAUCUUCGUUCCAUUCCUGCUGAAGUUGCCUUGCUAUCUGUUCAUCUUGACUU